CAUAUAAUUGAUAUCCAACAUGAUAAAUGGUCAGGUUAUAAAAAACCGUAUAAUUCAAAGAAUCUUAAAGAUGUUCUUCUUCUUCCUGAAGAAGAUCCCUCUCUUACACAAAUUAAGGAGGAAAUUAUUUGUGAACUGAAAGAUUCAAUUAUUAAAGGAUCAGCUAAACCUAAAGAACCCUCGCUUACACGAAUUAAUGAGACGAUUCAAGAGCUGAAAAAUCAUAUCAUAAAAUGA